GUCUCUCAGUAGGGACUACCAGUACCAGUCAUCGAGGAGCAAAAAUAGCUGCAUUGCUUGGAUGUAUUGUGUUCUUUGGCAAUUGCAGAAGGGAUCCUGAGUCAGACCUUCUGAAAUGCUUGCAUUAGAGAUCAGAAACUACCUGCCUGAUGUUUCUCAUGGUGGAUAAGUGGACCAGAACCUGCCUGGUCCUUCAUAAUGCUCUAUUACCAGAGCUAGCUCGUAAAAUACUAAGUAUCAGUUGAGUCAGGGAGAACAAGUGCUUGAAUGGAAGGGCUGAGUGGAUUCAGUCAGUUGAUGCUUCUAGAGAGUUGAUAAAUAGCUGGUCUAUCAACCAAAUGGGGGAUGUGCUGAUCUGCAGAAAUUAGCUGGGUAGCAGGGCACAGCUUCUGGGUUAAUAAGACGUCAGUGUGAUUUUUUUUUUUUUUUUUUUUUUCUUCUUAAAGAAAAAAAUGCUCUUCUAAUCUCUGACUUCAGAAACAGAGUGUCUGUGCAGUGGAAUAGAUGAGUGAGUGACAUUUGAGUGGAGGUGGCUGGAAAUAAAAGCCUCUUGUUUUGCUGAGGAACGGAAGAGAUGGGACUGCAGCCAGCUCCUAGACCAGGCAGUAGUGACAGCAGCCUUUUCUAAAGGCAGCAAACUCAGUGGAAGGACUGGCCAGAGGCUUCCUACCCACCUUUGGGGUGGCCAGGGCAGGAAUGAGGCAUUACCGUACGGCAGCGGUAUCCAGGAAAAAAAAAAAAAACCCUACAGCACGUUGGUGGUGCGUAGCGUGAGGCGGGCCGGAAGGGGACAGCCUCGAGCCGUGCCGCGGCGCGCAAGAUGGCGGCUGCACACAAGAUGGCGGCGGCGCGGCGACGGCGGCUGCUGCCCGCCUGGAUGGGGGCGGCGGGGGAAGGCGAGCGGCGGGCGGGGGGGCCGGGCCGGGUCGGGCGGCGGCGGCGACAGAAAGUGGCGGCGGAGCCCAGGGCGGCGACCGUGUACUGCAUGAACGAGGCGGAGCUGGUGGACGUGGCGCUGGGCGUGCUGGCCGAGAGCUUGCAGCGUAAGGGAGCUGAGGAGGAGGCCUGCAGCGGGAGCCAAGAGGAGCAGGACCUUCAGCAGGUGGAACAGGAGCUCCAGGCAGCACCGAGCCAGGCUCCCGAAGGCACAGCCAGCGUGAAGGAAGGCAGCCACCACAGCCCCGGUCCUCCAUCUUCUUCUGGUGCUGGCACGGAUGCAGAGAGGACUGGCCUUGAUGACGAUGCUCUGAAAUAUGUCAGGGAGAUCUUCUUCACUUAGCAUUGCCUCUACAGAGCUGUGCAGGCAAGGACAGGAUUAAGAGAGCACAGCCCAUCAAGAAGGAAGAUUGGAUGCCCUCAGAGAGGGCAUUCCUGGGUCACGUGUCAGGCAGUGUCCUGCUGGUCUCCCUUAACCUCCCAUCUUGUCACUGUGACGCUACAAACCCUCACAAACAGCAAUAGAGGGAGUGAAGAAAUGUUACUGUGGAAACUCAAGGAUAGUGAAGUAUGCUGGACACUAAUGGGAGCCUGGGCUGAGUCUGAGGUCAUCAUGAGCGCCAAGCUUCUGUUGGAUGGGACCGAACACAGGUCAGUAAAGGAGGGACUGCAUACUUGCUAUGGGCAUGAACUGCCUGUAAGCUAAGCUGUGGACCAGCAGCCCACCUGUAAGUGGGAUUCCUUUGCCAGCUGCUAGAAAAGUCAAGGUUCAGCUCGCAGUAAGAACAUCCCAAUGAAGAUCGAUACCAGCAAGGUGGUUCAUGUGAUAUGGGCAAGAGUGGUAACUCAUGCACCCAUGUUACUUCGAAUAAAGAUUUGAAGAAACAAACUAUUUUGUAAGUACCUGCUUAGCUCCAGGGGAGAAGAACUAAAUAAACUUUUUUUUCUUGUUUUUA